AUGGUGCCUGCCAAGGUCCAAAUAUGUGAGUGGAGGGCCUGCCAAAACAUCCUACGCACCAGAGAGCGUUUACUCACCAAGGGCUAUGAUGGUGAAACGAAUUGUCUACUGUGCUCUGCUACACUAGAAGACACAACUCACAUCUUCUUUAAGUGUCCGAUUGCAAAAGAAAUUUUCUCUGCUCCCCCGUUUAAUUUACAAUCUAUGGCUAUGCCAAAUAUGAUUUUUAAGGAAUGGAUGCUAGAAGCUGCACUUGUACUCAAACCAGAGACAUUUGAAAAGCUAUUAAUGCUAAUCUGGUCUCUCUGGAAAAAUCGGAACACUACUCUGUGGGAGAAUAAUUCAAAACCAGCAUCGGUUCUUUUGUGCAGCUCCUUGGCUUGGUUGGAAGAUUUCCAGAAAUCUAGAGCUACUUCUUCAGCACCGAAGAAAGUAGAAAAAAACCACUGGCAGCCAACUAAUGGGAGCAGAGUGAAAAUAAAUGUAGAUGGUGCGUUCUUACUAUCGCAGAUGCAUGGGGGUGCUGGAGGUAUUGCUCGAGACCCAACCGGGCAAUUCAUGGCUGCUAUUGCUCACCAUCUACCUCAUGUGAACUCUACUAAACAGGCAGAACUGCUUGCUAUCCGACUUGAGAUGGCAAUCCAACUACAGCUGUCCUCUGUCAAUAUUGAAGCAGAUUGCCUUGCUGCUGUCCAAGCAAUCAUGCACCAACAAUCUGAUUAUUCAGAGUUUGCAGCCAUUAUUGCUGACAUCCAUGACCUCCAGAUGUAG